CUCAAGCUGCUUCCCCACCCCCGCGCUCUCCGCUGUGUUCUGUGUUUGUCGGCGCGGCCGAGCCCUGGGGCGAAACCUGGGGUCCGCGUGGAGAGACACAGCCCCUGUGGUUGGGAGCCGGAGCUGCGGAGCGGGCGGGCUGAGGGCAAAAGCAUGUCCUCCCUCCCUGGGUGCAUCAGUUUGGACGCAGCCCCAGCUGCAGCUGACUCGGAGGACAUUGCCGAGCUGCAGCAGGCCGUGGUCGAAGAGCUGGGCAUCUCCAUGGAGGACCUUCGUCAGUUCAUUGAUGAAGAACUGGAAAAGAUGGACUGUAUCCAGCAGCGCAAGAAGCAGCUGGCGGAGCUGGAGACGUGGGUAGUGCAAAAAGAGUCUGAGGUGGCUUAUGUUGACCAGCUGCUUGAUGAUGCAUCCAGGCUCCGUGAAGCUAUGGCUGCCUUAAGAAAAUCAGCUCAGGAUGUCCAGAAGUUCAUGGAUGCUGUCAACAAGAAAAGCAGUUCCCAGGAUCUACAUAAAGGAACCUUGGGUCAGAUGUCUGGAGAACUGAGCAAAGAUGGGGACCUGAUAGUCAGCAUGCGGAUCCUGGGCAAGAAGAGGACUAAGACCUGGCACAAAGGCACGCUCAUUGCCAUCCAGACUGUUGGUCUAGGAAAGAAGUACAAAGUGAAAUUUGACAACAAAGGAAAGAGUCUGCUGUCUGGCAACCAUAUUGCCUAUGAUUACCACCCUCCUGCUGACAAGCUGUUUGUGGGCAGUCGAGUGGUGGCCAAAUACAAAGAUGGGAAUCAGGUCUGGCUCUACGCUGGCAUUGUAGCUGAGACCCCCAACGUCAAGAACAAGCUCAGGUACCUGGACAGGAUCGCAGUUUGUAGGGGAGCAGGAGCGGGGAGCACAGUGCCCAGCUGUUGAUGCCGUGGCCAAGAUUUCCCUGUCAGCUUUUGUGUCCUCGGUCCCGUGUGAUCAGAAACCCUUUCUCUCUUUCCUUGCUUUUUUUCUUUUUGUCUUUCUUCUUUUUUCUUUUCUUUUUGUCUUUUGAGGC